CAUUCAUUCUUUUCAUCAACGCAUCUCCGGCUUCCUUUCAGUCCUUGAAAAUUUCCAAAAAAAAAAAAAACGCAAGUAAUUGCCAAGUGGAAACUUUGACGGGGCGAACAAGACAAUGAGUUGGAGCCACCCAGAUAUUUCAUUGGAAGAAUUCAUGAAACUGGUUAAAGGGUUCGUCGAUAUUCUGAUUCUGCUUUCUGGGUACCAAUCCUCUGGUCAUCUUGCUCACUGGGACUCCCAGAAUAUCAAGAAGGCCUUCCAAUGGGGCCUCUUCUUCGAAAAUUUUCUGGGGAGCUUUAGCAGCUCUGAUGAUUAUGUGGACUCUGUGAUGGAACUUGAUGGGGCUAUUUCUGAAAUGACAUCUGCUGCUUCUUUCCCUAAGGGCCUUGCACAUAUGUCAACUGCUACUCUUGCUACGGCGCGGCGUUUUGUGUUAGAGCAUCUCAUCCAUAGUUUACCUUUGAGAGAUGCGCAUCUGCGAGCUUUGCUGACGGCGACUGUGGAGAUGGAUCUUGAGGAGCUAUCGGAAAUUGAGCAUGAUUUUCUUAAUGUAUACCUCAGCAAGUUGAAGCUGCAGGAUACACUGAUGCAGCAAGGCAUUGAGCCGGCUAGAAAGUUUGGAGAUUGCGGUGGUAAUGGUUUGACCAAGUACGCGGUUCAAGAGCUCCUGAAGAGGUGGUCUGUGGUUUCUUUGAUAUCAGCUGUUGAGUCAGGCUUAGACGUUCUUUCUCAAAGUGUCAGACAUAGCAGUUGGAGCGAGUUUGAUGAUAACUUAUUGAAAGAGCAGCUAGAGCAUGAAAAUACUCCAGUGACUGUAGACUGGUUGGUUGGUUCUCUGACAUGGAACCGCUGGAAAUCAAAUAGCCUCUCUUAUUUUCUUGAUAAGAGAACUGUUCAAUUAGUCUCCGGUGCCAGCAUGGUAUUUUCUACCCCUAAGAUUCAGUGGGUACAAACUUUUCAACAGUUGAACUUCAGUGAUUUAGCAGGAGGCAGUGAUAAUGGUUUGUGCGAAACAAUUGAGCUCAUGUUACUAGGAUGCAUUGCAAGCAGAUGGACUUCUGUAAUUGAGCAUUUGGUGUCAGUUUCUUAUGAUUCCCACACUGUUUUGGAGCAAUAUCACGAAGUGUGCAACUUACUCCAUGGAAGAUCUACUACUCUUAGAUCUAAACAGGAAGCAAUCAGCCAGGCAACUGACGUUCUUGAGUAUCUGAGUGGAAUGCUGGAUGGCCAGGUGCAUCUGUUAUGGAAGAUAUGCCCAGCUCUUGGAGCCGUUGCAAUUCCAUCCUGGUCACCUUUGUUUAGACUUUAUUUGAGUGAAAUUCAGAUUCAAGUCAGGGGAGAUCUUUCAACAAUGAGAUGUUGUGACUGUGCUCAUAAUAGGAAGGAGCACACUGACUGUGAACUUGCUCAGAGAAUUUGGUGCCUUUAUGUUUUUCAUGUUUAUGGCUCUCGUCUAAUUGCCCAUAGCUGACGGUUGUGCUCUACUGUUUUGAAUUAUCAGGUUACUAUCGUUUUCUGGGGAUGGACGGUGUGAUCUUUUGACGUAGGAGUGGACCUCAUUCUACUUGCAAGCUUCCAGGAAAGUUCACUAUCGAGUCUAUGGUCGAAACAGGAGCAAAAUACAACCCCCAUCAACACAAGUGACUAUGCAGAAAUCAAUCCAUUCCAAAAGUGAUUUGUCAUCAUCUAUAGUUCUAUACCGACAUUGCAUCACUAGAGGCAAGUUUCCAUCCCUUUCUGUAGAAUGGGGCCUUGGUGACCUGGAUAUGGUAUCAAAGCAAAGCAUAUCAGACCCCUGAUAAUAAUGUUUAUCAACUUCGACCAAUGAGAAUGUGACACCAUACAGAUUGCCUGCAAGUGGGAAUAGACACCUGAAAGCUUCAUCUACAUGUUUUUUUUUUUGGUUAGCAAUUGACGCUUUUGCCUUUUCGCUCCUGCCCAUAUAAACUCUAUAUAAAACAACUGUCACAGCUGAAGGUGGAUAAGAAGAGCUAACAAUGAAGGUUUCAAGGAUCUCUAGCCUUUGGAGAAUGCAGUUUUUGAAGUUGGGGAGGAGAAUUGCCAGCUCCAGGCCUGCAGUCACACUUGGUAGUGUUGAAACAGGAGCAUCAUUUGGUUUUUUCAGCGGAUCUCAUCUUUUGGGGCAGCUGAUUCGGAAGUUGAAGUCACAAUGCAAACAAGCUUUCGGGCGGCAAAAGAGAUAUGCCCAGUUCAGCUAUGAUAUUCAUAGCUAUUCUCUCAACUUCGACAAUGGUUUCGAUGAUCAUGUCUCACCUCAUAGCUUCCGGUGAUGAUUUCCCAGAGAUCAUUGAAGGCGCAAGGUUUUACUUCUAUAUGUAUAGAUAUUUUCCAGUUUACUUUAGUCUGUAUAGUCAUGCAACUUAAAUUUUCCAGGGGAUUGUUGGCUGUUAGUAGCAGGCCAAAUUUAUUUUCACUGUCGACCUAUUCUUGUCUCUGCAAUGGCCUUUUUAAUGGUCAUUUUGUUGAUAAGAAGGAGCAAACUGACCUUGAAAGUUCUGUUUAUAAUGGUAAUUCCCCUAUCUUCAUUUUUCUUUUA